UAGUGGGAAGGAGUCCGAAAGGGGCUCACUGGGUUCCUGACCAAGUCCGACGUAGAUCCGGGAGACGCGCGCUCUCUGAACGGUGAGGGAACGCUAAUCGGCGGCGAGAAAGAGGCCCCACGGGGAAAGAAUGAAGUUCUGCAAUCGGAAGCGUCUUCCGUGAGGCGUGGCUUCCGGAAGUGUGGCGAACCCUCAGCAGCACCCGGAAGUGUGAUGCUGCUGCUGCUCCGGGAAGUGUCGGUGUCCGGCGGSGGAGAUUCAGGGUUGAAACAGGGAUGUGCAGAUGGAGGCCGGAGGGGACACUGCUGCCCCAUCCCCCGGGGCCGAGGAAGGCUUGGAGGACCUGCCGUUCCCCAGUGAAGAGACUGGAGACAGUGGAGGGAUUCACAAGGCUGUGCCCGAUCCCGGAGACGACGGGGACCUGGAGGAAACAGGAUCCAAGGCCGAGGACCAGUCACCCAGCCUCCUGUCACAACUGCCCCAGUCAGAGGCCCCAUCCAGUACCAGUGAGCACUGGAGUCCUGCAGCCUCCGACAGUAGUCCCAUUCAUGGCCCGGAGAGUGACUCCAGUGGCGGGGACCCCAGUGGCGGGGACCCCAGUGACGAGGACUGGCGCAGCCAGCGGAAGCAUGUGUUUGUGCUGAGUGAGGCUGGCAAGCCCAUCUACUCACGGUACGGUAGUGUGGAGGCGCUGUCGGCUACAAUGGGCGUGAUGACAGCCCUCGUGUCCUUCGUGCAGAGUGCUGGAGAUUCCAUCCGCGCCAUCUAUGCUGAGGACCACAAGCUGGUGUUCCUACAGCAGGGCCCGCUGCUGCUGGUGGCCGUGUCCAGGACUCCUCAGUCAGCAGCGCAGCUGCGGAGGGAGCUCCUGGCUGUGCACGCCCAGAUCGUGAGCACUCUGACACGAGCAAGUGUGGCCCGCAUCUUUGCACACAAGCAGAACUACGACCUCCGCCGCCUGCUGGCUGGCUCGGAGCGGACUCUGGACCGGCUUUUGGACAGUGUGGAACGGGACCCGGGUGCCCUGCUGCUAGGGGCCGUGCGCUGCGUGCCCCUUGCCCGCCCAUUACGGGAAGCCCUGGGUGCCCUGCUGAGGCGCUGCACAGCACCCGGGCUGGCACUGUCAGUGCUGGCAGUUGGGGGCCGGCUGAUAACAGCUGCCCAGGAGCGCAAUGUGCUGGCUGAGUGCCGACUGGACCCUGCAGACCUGCAGUUGCUGCUGGACUGGGUGGGUGCACCAGCCUUUGCGGCAGGUGAGGCCUGGGCACCUGUAUGCCUGCCCCGCUUUAACCCCGAUGGUUUCUUCUAUGCCUAUGUGGCCCGACUGGAUGCCAUGCCCGUCUGCCUGCUGCUGCUGGGCACCCACCGUGAAGCCUUCCAUGCCAUGGCCGCCUGCCGGCGCCUGGUGGAAGAUGGAAUGCGGGCCCUCGGUGCCCUGCGUGCCCUUGGGGAACCUGCCAGCCUCUCUAAUGCCCCAGCAGCCAAUGCCCCUGCCUACAGUGUGCAGGCUGUGGGGGCACCUGGUCUCCGGCACUUCCUUUAUAAGCCACUGGACAUCCCUGACCACCACCGCCAGCUGCCCCAGUUUACCAGCCCGGAGCUGGAGGCCCCAUACAGCAGAGAGGAGGAGCGGCAGCGGCUGUCGGACCUGUACCACCGCCUGCACGCCCGCCUGCACAGCACCUCCCGACCCCUGCGCCUCAUUUACCACGUGGCUGAGAAGGAGACGCUGCUGGCCUGGGUGACCUCCAAAUUUGAGCUCUAUACCUGCCUCAGCCCCCUGGUGACAAAGGCAGGUGCCAUCUUGGUAGUGACCAAACUUCUGCGCUGGGUGAGGAAAGAAGAGGACCGGCUCUUCAUUCGUUACCCACCUAAGUAUUCCACACCCCCAGCCACCUCUACGGACCAAGCUCCCCAUAAUGGCUUAUUCACUGGACUCUGAAUGGUGGUGCUCCCRGACUGCUGAGAGUGACCAUCUUGGGUCUCUGACCUAGAAGUGUGGGUGGAUCGGUUGUCUUUGGCUGCUCCCUGUCUCCCUGGGCAGGCAGGCAAGAUCCAAGGCCUGCCCACAAAUGGGAGACGAGUGACAGCAGCCAGAGAUACAGGCUGCUCUUCCAGCCCCUUCAUCACUUCCAGCCCYGGGAAAAGGCUCUGCCCACCCUCUGCCUCACCUCCCCCAGCCUCUGUCAGGGGCUGUCCCCUUAAACCUCUUCCUAAAUCUGUCUCCUCAUUGGACUGUCAGUUCUGAGUGUCCAGGGCAGCCAGGAUUUCUGGGGUGGCCCAAAGGAGCUCUAGAACUGGGAAUAAAGGGUCAGCCUGUACCUGGAACUGACCUGAAGGGUGUUUUAAAGAGAAAAAAAAAAAAAAAAAAACUGUACGUAAAAGGCUUAAAACCAAGCCCCUAAGGAUACUCCUUUGCCCUUCAUGUAUUUGUGUUCAUUUGUACCCUACCAGAAAGUAAGCUGCGUUGGUCUACAUUGGCUGCUUCUAAUAAUUAUGAGAAGGUAGCCUCCCUUGAAAAAGAGGACAUGUAGUGCCUGGUCUCAGACAGUGGCCAGGAUCAGGAAUUUUUUGCAUAGGAGGUGCCCUUAGUGUCUAAGGCUCGUUGUACUUCUCUAUGAAAUGGUCAUAACUUUGUCUCAUAGGCUAUUUAAUGAAGUUUUGCAACUAGAACGGGAUUCAAACUCUUAUGGCACAUACGUGUUUAUCCCAGACUUUGGCAACCUGCCACAACAAAAGCAUCCUGAAUAGAGACCUCCUUGGUGCACAAACAAACCCCGCGUUGGAAAAUGGCAGAGAAGCUGGGUUCUCUGAGCGAAGAGCCCGAAGCGCAGGAGCCCGCUGGAGGUAGCGUGAGGGUCCACGGUGGGCGCCUGCGGCCAGGGCUGCAGGGAGGGGCUCGGACCCUCGACAGUAACGACUAGGGUAGCAGUAGUUUAAAAAUGAAAUUUUAAACCUUUUAUUAUUGAAAGAAAGCCGUUGCACACCGKGGCAUUAAGUAACAUGCACAGUCUCUUCACCCAGAUUAACUCUCGUCAACUUUGUUAAACAUGUUGCUUAGGUGUUUUGUAGUAAGUAAUUCGGUGUGCAUAUCUUCAAACAAAACCGGGAAGGGRUGUUCUAGCAAAACUCACCCAGCUGUUGCCACCUCUAAGAAAAUUAGCUUAUUCUCCAGUGUCAUUAUUUCAUACCAAGCCUAGAUCGCAUUUUACAAAAAUUCUUAAAUCUCCUAAUGAGAGUGGCUUUUCCACAGCUUUUCUCAAAUUGGCUUUGAGUUAAUCAUAAUAGCUCAUCCAGAGUAGUGAUCGGGAGGUGGCRUGGCCCGGGGACUCUUGGAAAUUACAAUCUAGCCAAAAGGAAGGGGGAAAAAAACAAACAAACAAACAAAAAAACUUCCCAGGGCUUAAGUAAUGUACUAAGAUGCUGCUAGUGAUUUUGUGUUAAAGAAAUUUUCAGAAUGUACCAAAGUCAAGAAAAAGAGCAUGAUGAACGCCUUAGUACCUGUCACUCUGCUUCACGGGUCUGAGUUCCAGCUUUCCUCGAUCUCUAACUCCCCUUCCUGCACACCCUUCACCCCUCUGUAUGAAUAAGCACAUCAGGCUGCAACUUACAAGACUCACCUAUGCAGACAUCAAAAUGAUGAUGAUCUUCUUGUCUAUUAUCUGUCCUAGGAUGUGAGCCUCAUGAGAACCGAGACUGGUCCUUGCUGUUUUCUAGCACCUGAAACAAUGUUUGGCACAUAGUUGGUGCUCAGUAAUUUUUUAAUUGUGUGAAUAAUGAAAUAAUUUGAAUACAGAUUAUUGUCUUAGAUUAGUCCAGCUUUCAAAAAAAAGGAUAGAAAUAAGGCAGAUGCAAAUAGAUCCCAUUUAUUAGGCUUUUAAUAUCGAGGCCACUGAUUUUUUAAAAAAUUUUUAAUAUCAACCUUUCAAAUUCCUCAGUUAAAGUUAUGAUUAACUUCAUCAGCAAUGGARAAAAUUGAAAAUCAUCAAGUUACCAUUUCUAACCCAUCAAAUUGGCUUUAUAAAGGAAGGGAUAAUAUCUGGCAUUGAUUACUCUGUGGAGAUAACAGGCUUUCUUUUGCCUAAGAGGAGAACUGACCAGAAAGGUUUUGCUAGGGGCAGUUUGGCAGCAUGUGUGUAGUAUCAUCUCAGUCACCAUGCUAGGUUGAUGUAGGAGAGGGGACAGCUGCAUGAACCAGGAGUGGUCUUCAGAAUGUCAUUAAUGGAGGCAAAAUACAAGGAGUAAUUCAGCAAUUGCUAAAUCUCGGUAUGUUCAUGUACAUUGGGGGUGCCCGUAGGUGGGUUAUUUUUUAAGAAGCGGAAAAAAUAACUUCUAAAUGGAUAUGAUCAUUGUUCAUUGACAAUAAGCUCCAAAGGAAGUCAUCAUCACUAGUGAAGAGGGAGAUGGUCAGGUAUCGCCUUUAGUGUGUUAAACACAAGAAAUGAAGAAAACAUACAGCCCAGCUGGUAGCUCUGGACAGGGGACUAGGAUUUGGGGAUGGUUCAGAGCAGAGGCAUUUCUGUGAUCUAUUGUUUUGUUUUUCUUUUCAAAAAAUGUAGGUAUUACUGUGUGAUUCUAAAAUACAAGGGGGAAAGAGGGAAAAGUGAAUGGCAUCUGAGGCUCAUAUACUAAUACUGGAUCAAUAUUAAUAUCCAGAUUUCGAUGGUCGUACUGUGGUUACUUGGUGGAGUCCUGUGUAUAUAGGAAGCAUACACUGGAAUAUUAAAAGAGUGAUGGACCAAAUGACUGCGACUCGUGGUUCAGAAAUACUCACAAUGGGGAAUCUGAUAGAAGAGCAAAUGGGAGCACUGUGGCCUGUUGUGACAACUUUUGUUACAUGUGAAAUUUAUUUCAAAAUAAAAUGUUUCAAAGGGGAUUCAUACUUCACAGGCUGCUUCCUGCUGUCACAUGCAACUUUUAAACAUUUACAAGAUGUUAGAUUCCUUAAAAGAUGGAUAUCUCUUUSUCUUGGCCUCAUGUCUAGCACUAGAACAUUGCAGGGAAGAAAUACACAGGUGAGCUUUUGCAGAAAUAGUUGCCAGAACCAGCUAGGAAAGACAGGGGACAAUUGGGGGACAUUAUAUGUGUCUGAGCAUUAUGUGAUAUUACAUGAUGAUUUUUCACCUUUUUGGGUGUGAUUUUAGGACUAGGGUUAUUCUAGAAAAUGUCUCAAAAUUAUGCCUGGGGAUGAAUGGCAAGGCGCCUGCGGCUUGCUUGAAGAUACUUGAACACAAGGAAAGAAGCUGAAGCGAAAGUGGGUGAAUAAUCACACUUGUCAGCUCUGGGCCGUGAGCACCUUGGAGUCCACAAUGGCGUCCUUGUUCUCAUGUGCAUUUGAAAUUGCUCACAAAAUCUUAAAACAUUGACAAACACUUCUCCUUGUUACUUAAAGUAGUUUUGGUUUCCUUUCUAAAAAUUAAGAAUAUUUUAAUGAUUAAAAUGUCUCAAGAGGAGACUACCAGCUCAGUGUGAUUGUAUCUGGGCGGAGAGAUGGAGGGCCAGGGAGAGAAGGGGGAGUGCCAUUCUUAACUUCACGUAUUUCUGUGGUGCAUGAACUUUCUUAGAAUGUUACUAGCAAGAACUGAACAGUUGAACUAUCACUAAAUUGCUGGCCAUUUACUUCUGGGAAGGGGAUGACUUGGAGAAGAGGCUCUUGGUGAUAGGAGACUUUUAAUUCCAUGUUCUGCAUUUGUUCAUUAUUUAAGUAGUUUACAAAUUAAAAUGCCCAAUUAAACUAAUUUAUAAAAGAUUUCAGGCCAGACCAAAGAAUGUAAAGAAGGUGAAGGUAGAGAUGCCAUCAAACACUUCAACAAAAUAAGCUCAGGUUACAAAACUCUGAUUUACAAUAUGAUUUUUAAACCACUAGAGAAUUUCAUCCUACAAAUAGGCUGUAGUUAACUAAACCCCUAAGCAAUCUUUAGGUCACUUCUUAAUUUAGGAUUUCAAAUAUUGAAGCAAUAAACUCCUUGCCCAUCAUUCUUAACUAUUUCCUUAAGAUGUGUUCCUCAGAGUGGAAUUUCUGAUGCAGAGGAGAUGAGGAAGUCCUUGAUAUUAACGCAAGAUGUGGAAUGAAACACCAUUUCUGCCUAUCAGAUGGGCAAAAAAGGAACGGGGUUGAAAAUUAUAGUUGGCAGGUAAGAGUAGGGGGAAGGUUCCUUUGUGGGCCUCAAAAAUGUGGAGGGCAAGUUCAUAAUAUGAGCCAGUUUAAAUAUUAAGCAUAACCUUUGUUGCCACAGGUGGCCCCUGCAUCAUGUUCUUGGGGUAUCUAGUUAAAUACACACAAAUACAAACACAAAGAAGGAUGUGCAGGGAUGGUGUACUAGGUAAAAUUGAGCUCCUCCCGAGCUUUAUACCCACUAGAAUCUCAAAAUGUGGCCUUGAAUGUAGGGUCUUUGCAGGUACAACUAUUUGAGAUGAUAAGGUGUGUUAUAAUUCAAUAAGAAGAAGGAAAUAUGGGCACAAAGAUCUACACAGAGAGAAUAGUAUCUGGUGACAGACAAGGAGGGAAGGCCUGGUUUAUGGUACUUUGUUCCAGCAGCUAAGAAAAGCAAUAUGGGUGGCCAUUGUGGCACUGUGUGUAAAUAACAAAAGGAGGGAAACAGCCUAGAAGUCCAUCAGUAGGAGACUGCUCUUAAAUUAUGGUAUAUCCAGGCAGUGGAACAUUAUGUGGCCGCUAAAAAUAAUAAGAUCACCAGUAUACAUUGUCAAAUGAAAAAAUACAAAAYGUGUAUAAUCAUGUAAAACUUACUACCAUUUCCACAGAAAAUGGAGUAUAUGUUUGAUUAUGAAUUAAAUGGCUUGUAACAGUUAUGACCUCUGAGGUUGGGAGUAGGGGUUCCUAGAGUGUGAAGGAGAGAGGCAUUUCACUAGAUGCUGUUGUGGGAAAGCAUUUCUGUGUUCACUUUUUUGCUACUGUACGUGUGUAUGGGCUGCUUUUCUGCCUCAUUUUCCUUGGGGAGAAAUGGUCACUGGGUCUUGACCUUUUCUCAUUGGUUUAAAGAAUUUAAGAUGUUUUGAAAGUGCUAAUA